AUGAACAUACCAAUGUGGCACGUAAGAUUGUUAAACACACCCUUCAACCCCAAGGUUGUUUAUGAUGGAUACCCAACAUUGUUUACCAUUAAGUUGUACCAUGGAGGUGAGUUCACUAAGUACCCUGAUGUCCGUUACAUUGAUGGAACUGUAAACUAUGUUGACAUGGUAGAUAUAGAUGAGUUUUCAGUUUAUGAGCUCGAUGCAAUCAUGAAGGGUUUUAGAUAUGGGGUUCCUCCUGUUAUAUACUACCAUUUUCUUAUGCCUGGUGGAGACUUCCACUUUGGUCUUCGCCCUUUAGGAAAUGAUCAAGAUGUUGCAAACUUUUCUCAAUAUGUCAGUGAGCACAAAGUGAUGAAGGUAUACACAGAACAUGGUGAAACAAGACUACUCACCUAUUUCUUGAAUCCUAAGCCUGUUACCAAGGUUACCCUUGUACAUUUAGAUGAAUCACAUGAGGAUGUGCAACACAUUGAUGAAGCUCCUGAUGACCAAUCAAAGGAAACACUUGUGAUGACUACACCUACUGAUAAUUUAGUUGAGGUGGUGCCCACUCAAGCAAACCAACCUGAAAUCCAAGUCAAUGAAAUAGUUCAAGUCGUAUCCUUGUCACCUGGAUAUAAUAGGAGAAGGGUUAUGAGCAAGGAUGGAGUGAUGGCAUCUUGUAGUAAGAAAAUAUACUUUGAUGAUAUUGGUGAGACUGAGCAGAUAGCCAAAGACUUUGUUGAGGCAGCUACUGAUUUUGAUAUUGGACUCUACCAACAAAUACUACAAAGCAAUGUUGAUGGAGUCAUUGGCACUGACAUGCAUGAUGUCAAUGAACCUCAGAUGGAUGAAGAAAACCAAGCUCAGAUGGAUGAAGAAAACCAAGCUAAGAUGGAUGAAUCUAACAUGGAUAGUAGUGGAAAAGAAAAUGUAAGUGAGGUUGAAAGUAAAGAAGGAAGUGAAACAGAGCAGGAAGAUGAUAGUGAUGAUAGUGAUUAUUGGGUGGAUGAAGAUAAUGCUAGGAUUCCUAGACAACAUGAGAGUGAUGAAGAAGCAGAUGAGUUAGAUGUCAUUGACAAUGAUGCUUUUGAUUCCAUGGAUGAGGAUUCUGAUCAGGACAGGAAGAGAAGAGCAGUUUUGAAACAACUAAGUAAGGAAAAAAGUUGUUCUUUUGGUGAGGUUCAUAAGUGUCAUUUUAAAAUAGGUCAAAAGUAUAACAGUAAGCAGGAGUUUAAAGAGAAAAUCAAAAUGCAUGCAUUGGAAACAAAAAAGAAUAUUGCAUUUAAAAAAAAUGACAAAUCUAGAUUGAGGGCCAUAUGUAGUGGAGUUGUGGCAUUUAAUAAUGAUGUGGUUGGUGAACCUACCCAAACUGAAAAAAGUAAAGGGAAAAGUAAAGAAAAGGACAAACAAGGUGGGACAAGUCAGGAAAAAGCAGAUUCUUCUUGUCCUUAG